GACUGUAGGAGCUGUGGUGGAAGCAGGAGAAGAAGAAGAAGAAGAAGAAGCAGAAGGGGAAGAUGUCAGUGGCGGCGAGGAAAGGACUCAGCGCUAAAGACGAGUCCAAGAAAUGCGCGGCGCGUUUGUGGAGGCUCUUUCCUCACCUGCUGCUGUGUCUGUCCCUGGUCGCGUACGCCGCGCUGGGCGCGCUCGUCUUCGAGCGCAUCGAGGGAGGGAGCGACUCCCCGACCCAGGAGGAGUACUGUGAGUUCCUGGGUCAGCUGGUCAGCGACGUGCAGAACCUCACCGGUAACGCCUCCUGCACUCAUCAAUGCAUAGUGAAGCAAGUGGAGAUUAAAAUGCGACGUGGCUUCAAGUCCAUUUGGUUCCAGAGACCUGACCGGUGGGAUUUCUUCGGCUCCUUGUUCUUCUGCUGCACCGUAUUCACCACAGUCGGUUAUGGGGAGAUCUAUCCGGUUACCCUUACUGGUAAGGUGGUGUGCGUCUUGUAUGCCAUGGUGGGCAUCCCUCUCAUGCUGCUGGUCAUUCUCGAUGUGGGAGACUUCCUCGCCAUGUUCAUGUCCAGAGCCUACGUCCGCAUUCAUACCCUCUGCAAACUCCUCCUCUUCCCCACCCGGUCACCGUGGAAGGCUCAGGAGAAGGCGGGGACCAUGGAGGACGGCACCUUUGUUGACAUUGUGCUCCGGGAACCCCUCGACAUCCGGCAUGUGGUACGAAGCCAGGAAGAUGUGCGGCACAAGUCCAUCCAGCUCCAGAACAACAAAGAGAUCUUCGAGAAGAUUCUCGCCAGGGAGAACUUACUCAGAAAGAGCCCACUGCUCCGGGCCUUCUCCUGCCCGGAGCUAAACCGGCUGCCGCUGCCACCCAAAGGAUAUGUCAUCUGGGACUUCACAGGGUUAGGGGACGAUAUGGAAAUGCUGGAUGUGCCCUUUGUGCUGAUCCUUUUCAUCGUGUUUGCCUACAUUUUCUUCGUGGGUCUGAUCCUGCCGUUAUGGGAAACUGAAUUCAAGGGCUUCGACCCCUACUACUUCUGCUUUAUUACGCUCACUACCAUAGGUUUUGGCGACAUUGUGCCCCAUCACCCCAAGUUCUUCAUGCUGACCUCACUCUUCAUCAUUGCUGGCAUGGCCAUCAUGUCCAUGGCUUUCAAGCUGGGCCAAACACGAAUUGUGAGCUGCUACCGCCAGGCCAUCAAGUUCAUCAGCAGGGGAAACGCAGUGACUUUCAGGAAGGAAGAGAAUGACUAAGUACAUCAAGAGAAUCUCCUCCUCCUGUCCAAGAGAUGUGCAGGCUCACAGUCCAGGCCUUGAAACAAAACGGCUGUCUGUGGGAACUUUUCCCAGUGAAUGAAUUCUUUGUGCUGGUUGUUCGGUGAUAAGCAUGGGCAAAUUCUAAAAUUUGCAUGUGCCGCUUUUGCCCCGUGACGGAGGGUGAUAUUUAAAAUGGUUCCUUUCAAGAGGAACUUCAAACUCAGCAUAUCUUCGUGGAUGCAACAUCAUGCCGAGGAAUGACUAAUAGUUUUGCUGCAGCAACUGCAAUGCUUUCAAAUGGUACCGCAGAGGACGGACACAGUGACGUGGUGUUUGCUUUUAGGUGAGAACUCUGGAUUUCAUACUCAGUGCUAUAGGAAAAUCAAAUAAAAUGGGGCUUUUAGGUUCAGUUUUGUUUGUUUCUAUUAAACUUAACUCGAGCACACAAUGUCAAAUGAACACGGCUUCACGCGCAGUCAGCAAAUUCUACAUCUUCACAGCUGUCAUAGCAACCAUAACGUUGGGCGGGGGUGAGGGGUCUGUACACGGCCGGAACAGGAUACUGACGCAUGAGUCUGUCCUGUCCACGUUCCCUGGCGCUCGCUGUAGAUGUAGUUCAUAUUGCACCGAGGCUGUCAAUGAUUCCUAUUCCCGCCGUAAAUGGACAAAACCAUAAUGAUAACCUCAGAAUUAAUCCAAUGGCGCCUUUAGUUUCUGUCGCUGUGUUGUCGUCAGUUAAAAGCAGCUCGCACACAUUUGGAAGGAAGGGUUUGUAGGAUCAGCUUAAACGAUUCAAUUGCCACUUUCAUUCAAUAUGUCAGGUUCUUCUUUGGGGGCACACUGCGGAGGCCCUGUUGUAGUGGUGCUAACAGAGCACAAGAUGGUGCUGCUGUUAAAACCAUGAAGCCUCACGGUCGCUGUCAGACGGGAUCUCUAACCGCUCCAACGCUGGCAGGUUUUUCCAUGUUUUAUUUGUCUGAGUAAUAUUAAUAAUCAGUGAGGGCUCCCCUUUCUCUCGUCCAACCUCCCAGUCGAGAGGAAAAGGAUGUGCCGCUUGUUUGCCGAAGCAUUAAGGGAGCUUUCAGGGAGAAAUUAAAAUAUACAUUAUGUGAAACAAUGUUGUGAAAGAAAAACCUCACACAGCCAGACACAGAUUUAUGACAACGUUAAUGUUUGCUGCAGUCUAUUACAUGCUUUGCUUCUCUAGAACUUGUCGUCUAGGUGAUUUUUUUGGACACUUUCUUGACACUAGUAGCCAAUCUGCUGCUUCCGCAGGCUGUACAUUGAGCCCCGGAGAGAACAGAUGCCAGCAGGGCGGCGGAGUUUGCCAUAACCAAAUAAAAAUAACAGGUCUCGCUAGUUUGCAAAGAAAAAAUUGAAAAGCCUUAAAACAAGAAACGGCCAUAGCACAUUGGUGUUUUAACCGACAGUCUCCAUCAGAACAGGUAGACAAACAAAAAAAGGAAGUGGUGUCGGCUGACAUGCAAACAGAGCCGCAGCCGCAGGUGCAGCCAAGACAGUGGGUGUGAACACAAUUAUGUCAAUUAUGUGUCAACAAGGCAACGAUAUCUUAAAGGUUAUCAAGUAGGAAAAUGCUCCUCGCAUGUCUGGAAAACAUAUAUAAAGAGAUGAUUUAUCGGUGUGAACACCACGACUUCCGUGCAGCGAGGAAAGAGGUGAUCAGGAAACAAAGAUUAAAUUGUGAUUACAUUUUCUUUUUCAUGCCCUGUUCGAUAAAUACAUAAAUGUGGACUUUAAAAAUAUGUUCAACCUCUUCAAUUCCGUUCACAACAUGCUCCUGGGAGAAUGAAUUGGGAUUUUAAAAAAAUGUUCUUCUUGUGCUUUUGGUUAUGAAAGAUUGUGAAUAAAGUGUUGCACAUGCAG